AAACUACAAACUCUCGCGAUAACUACAUGGCUUGUGAAUAGUUCCGCGGCGGGGGCCCGACGUUGGAAUGCGAAACUACAAGUUGUUUAGGCAUAAUAAACGCAAAACAAACCUCGACGCAGUACUUAACAAAUAUCCUGUCUUGCAUUCGUGUGUCAGCUAUGGUCUGAGACACGCUGCAGAUGCUUACCACACGGGGAUGAGACGAGAUACGACAAAACCCCUGCUGCUGCUGCUGUGGGCUCGUUGACUCUCUGUGUGGACUCAGGAUGGCGCAGGGAGGCUCUCAGCUCGACUACCACAUCCUGCAGGACCUCAAACAGCGUUUUCCAGAGAUCCCUGAAGGGGUCGUGUCUCAGUGCCUUCUGCAGAACAACAACAAUCUGGAUCUGUGCUGCCAUCUCCUGGCUAAGGAGAGUAAUAGGUACCUGUAUGGGGACUUUCAUCACAGUCCAGAGGAAGGGCGGCUGAGUCGAAACCACAUGCUACACAUUAGCCUGGGCUACCCAGGAUCAGAGGCAAAUAAAGCAAAUGGAGGAGCUGCAGGAAUAGGACGCUCUCUAGUGCACAGCACCAGUGACAGUCAUAUUGAGCCCCAGAGAUCAAGCUACCCAGAGCCACUGUCAGCCCCCGCUACAAUGGCCCCCUCCCCAGGAUAUAAUCCUUUCUUUAUGAAUGACCAGAGCCGCUCAGCGAGCACUCCUACUCCUCCACCCACGAUGCAGGGCAUGUCGCCCACAUACUCCCAUGUCCAAGGUUACACCAUGAACCCUAUAACGGUCACGCUCUCUCAAAGUAUACCCAAUGUCCCACAAGCUCUGCAGAUCCCACCUGGACAUUAUGCUAACACCUCGAACACCACCUUGUAUAUCCGACCCUCGCCCUCCCAGAGCCCACAGCCUGCUCCUUGGCCAUCUUCAAGUGCAUCUGUCUAUCAGCAUCAGCAGUCCCCAUACAGUACUCCUACAUAUGGCUCUCCUUAUAGCUCCCCACAGCAUCAAGUUCAAACUCAGCCCCAGGCACAGCCACAACCCCAGCACCAGCAAUAUGUCUUUCUUCCCAUUAGCUCCCCAACUGUUCCCAGCAUGCCCUACCAUCACCAGCAACAAUCCCAGCAACAACAAACUGUUUACAGACCCUACCACACAAAAAGCUCUCUCAAGAACCAGAUAGAGAUUACCUUGGAAGGUCCACGUCCCCGCAGUAACUCACCAGUUCACGCCUCUCACCCCCAAGGAACACUUUACAUAGCCAACAGCUCCUCGCCUAGCUCCCCUUCAAGGGGCAUUGCUUUGAGUGGACCUCCAGGGCCAGCUGCCUUUCACCCUGGCCUGUACCUGCAACACCAGGGCCCUGCAAGGCCUCGGCCAGCCUCCUCACCUCAGCCAGGUCAAUCAGCCUACACCUUUAAAAUCAAAGUGUCGCCUGGAGGUCAGGCCCAAAGGCCAGCCAGUUCACCACCAGUGGCAGAAGCAGAGUCGCUUCUCAACAUUGUUGACCACGGGGAGCACAGUGCUGCUCCAGCACCUAUUUUACCUAUCUCAGCUCUACCAGGGAAUAUUAGCAGUCAGUUUCAGCAAAUGCCCAGACGUACAAGCUCAGGCUCUGAUGACUAUGCUUAUACGCAAGCUCUUCUGCUCCACCAGCGGGCCAGGAUGGAGCGUCUAAUGAAGGAGUUGAUGCUGGAGAAGAAGAAACUAGAGCAGCUCAAGGGCGAUGUCAACAGUAUGGAGUAUGAUGCCCUUCAGAGACGCUUUCGACGAGUCAAUUCAACCAGUCUUAUACCCAGACCUGAGGAGAUGACCAGACUGCGGAGUUUGAACAGACAACUUCAGAUAGAUAUCGACUGUACUCUGAAAGAGACGGAUCUGCUGCGGUCUAGAGGAAAAUUUGACCCAAAAGCAAAGAAUAACUUUUAUGACAACAUUCAGCCUGGUCCGGUUGUGCCGCCUAAACCUGGAAAGAAAGAAGGGGAGCAGGGCUCCAAGGUGGUGUCCAGACCUCAGAGGGACGAGGACUUUGAAGGCGCCCAGUGGAACUGUGAUAGCUGCACCUUCCUCAACCACCCUGCACUCAACCGCUGUGAACAGUGCGAGAUGCCGCGUUACACCUGAGCUAAAGACUGCUGCACGUCGUCCUCUGACUGUCCUUAAAGACUAUAACCCACAUCCAUCCGGAAUCUGCUGAGUAUGUCUCCAGGUCUUCCCUUGUCAAUCAGUAUAUACACAGUCUUAUCUGCUGAAGAAGAGCCACUGUCUCUGACUUUCUACUCGUCCUGCUCACAUCCACUACUCCCGUGCACUUUGACCCCUUAUUUUUGUUGGCGGAUGUUGAAUCUUAUAUUGGACAGCUGGAAACUUCUAAUGGCAAAUGCAUAAAAGAGGGAAGACCAGAUCCUGACCUUGUGUGGUUGGAUUGAGGCUUCUGAAAGGUCGAAACAAACGGGGUUGAUGGGAAAAAGCGAGGGAUUACUGAGUGAACAUUCCAUGAAGUUUGAGUGACUGCCCUGUUUACACAAUUAUGACUAUUCCUGAACACGAGAUGGAAGAACAUCCCAACUUAAUUCCACAACCUUCUCUCAAAUUUCUCUCUCUCUCUCUCUCUCUCUCUCUCU